CGCCUGCUCGCUCUAUUCCAGUAAUCAUAUCCCACUCUGGAUUCGUUGGGAAUACCGUGACUAUUUAGCACGGGCCAGAAAUCGAAAGAAACUGGAUUAUUGGACACAUAUAACCGAAACAACACUGAAGAGGCUUUUUUGCUACAUCGGAGAUUUACAUUCAUAAAGGAUAAAAGCGAAAAGGAAGGAAGGAAGGAAGUGAUGUUUGGUUGGAGUCCAAAAGCUACACACACAGGACUGAAUGUACCCUCUCCAGUGAGGACGUCCUCUGUCUGUGCCGUGGCUCUCAGGAUGUCCAGUAUGGCGUCGCAGUAGUGGAGAGAACAACCACCUUAGGAUCUGUUUACAGGAACUCACCCAGCUGAUCACUAUGCUUUGCUUAAAUGUCAGUGCAAGCUCAAAGCCUAACUGUAGGCCCAUCUGGCUCAUCUGUGUUCUCCUGGGCCUCUCAGCUAUUCAUGUCAAUGCCCUUCCUUUGCCCCAGCAGCUGAGCCUGUCAGCUGACAUGUCUACUCAGCAACUAUCCAUAUCAUGGCUGGGAGGUUCAGCCACAACCUUUGACCUCAUGAUUCUAAGAACUGAACUAAAUGAAAGUAUCUUCUAUGAGACCGUUUCUGUGUCAGAGAAUCAGCUGAGUGGUCAGCACCAGUAUAACUGGACCUCAGUUGAACCUCUGGAGUGUACCUCGCUGUCGGUCAAAAUCCGCUCAAGAGAUGGUCAGACAACGAGUGAAUGGAACACUGAGAUACUUGAAGGAAGCGAUCUGCCCAGCAAUGAGAAUUUCCAGAUGUACCCGCAGGACAAAGUUGUACCUGUAGGGGGCAACACCACCUUCUGUUGCAUUGUGAAAGAAGGGCAGAGCUUUGGUAACAUGCGCUCUGGCAACACAGUCAUGGACGUGACGCGACUGAGUAGACGAAGCUACGCCGCUACAGUGGUUAAUCAGGGACCAUCUGACAGGACAGGAACCAAUAUCCUCUGCUACAGCUCAGUGAAUGUACUGACCGGAGCUGUUGUGUUUGUUGGAUAUCCACCGCUGCCCAGUGAUUUUGUGUGUGAGACUCGUGACUUGACCUCAGCUGUGUGCAUAUGGAACGAAGGACGAGACACACAUUUGCAUGGCAAACGAGAGACACGCUACUCUGUGAACAAUAGAACCUGUGGUGGUUACCGGCUACAGGAGAAGCGGAAACUGUGCACUUCAGACCAGUGGGAGGGUAACUGGACACUGGUGGCUGAGAAUGGUCUUGGCAAAUACAGCCUCACUGACGUGGCCAAACUCAGUCACAGAGUGCAUCUAGUCGCACCAGCUAAUAUGAACUCAGUGGUCCAUGCCUGGAAUGCCACUGUGCAAUGGCAGUGGCAGUAUGACAAAUAUUCCUCCCUGGCUCUAGUCUGCCAAGUAGAGCUUACCUGUAAUGGACACAAAACAAUACGUACCUUCUCUGGGAUGGGACUGCGGUCAGUGCUUCUGUCAGACCUGUAUCCUGAUGAGGAUCACAGUGUUCGAGUCUGCUGCGGUGCCCAGCAAAAUUUCUGGAAGUGGGGAGAUUGGAGCAGGCCAUUUUCGUUCAGAACCACCAUUACUGAUCCAGAUUCACCUGAUGUGUGGGUGUGGAUGAACAAAGACAACACUGGGUUGGUCGUUUGGAAGCCUCUUACUCAAAGACAGCGCCAUGGUCCGCUCACUGGUUAUAAUGUUACUUUCUGGAGCCCUGAAGAAAAUAUAUGGCACACGCAGACCUUUUCAGAGGAUACUUCUUCUGCUCCAUUCAACUUCACACAGAUCGCUAACUUCAGCGGUGACAGGGUCAUAGCAACUGUGAUUGCAAAGAACCCUUGUUGUGUGUCUCAACCUGCAAAUGUACUUAUACCUCUACGUUUGACAGAAGUGGAGCCUCUGGCUGUGUCCAGAGUGGUUUAUAUGAAUAGCGGUUUCCCUCUGUUCUGGAAAAGUGAUGCCAACGCCACCUGUGGUUAUGUUGUUGAAUGGUAUGAGGCUUCCUGUACGUUGGACUGCCCUGUGGAAUGGAUCAAGGUUGCAGCUGGAAACAAUAAUGUCUCUGCUCAGUCAGCCAACUUCCAGCCAGGUGUGAGGUACAACUUUUCCCUGUACAGCUGCUCCUCCGGUCCCCCGCUUCAGCGCUGGCAGGGGUACAUGCAGGAGCUGGUCCCUUCCAGUCCUGUCUCCCUGUCAGCCCAUCAGCAGGACUCUAAUAUUCUCCUCACAUGGGCAGAGAUCGACAUGGUCAACAGAGGGGGCUUCAUUUUGGGCUACAACAUUUACAUCAGUAAUGGCUCCCAGCUCACACUUCUUGCCAACCUAUCAGACGUGGGAACCAGAAACUACAAAGUCAAAGGUUUCUCCGAGGGCUCCUAUAAAUUUACUGUCAAGGCUUACACCUCAGCAGGCGAGGACACAGGAGCUACUGCCUCUGUAACGCUGGAGCCAUACGCUGAUUGGCUGAUCCUGGAAAUCUUGACUUCUUUGGGAAUCACAGCCUUAUUCCUGGUGAUUGUCACCUUCAUUUGCUACAAGAAACGGAAAUGGGUGAAAAAGGCAUUUUAUCCCGACAUACCUGAGCCAAAGCUGAAUGGUGGCUGGUCCAGGACACAGGGGCCAUUGGAUGUGAAGCCGUCUCCCCACAUUAUGGUCCAUGUUGUAGAAAAGCCGGAGUGGGAUUCUAGUAAAGAAAUGCUAGUCGCCAUUCCUGAAGAAGACGAGGAUGAAGAAGGGCAGAGGAUAGGAAACGAGCCAGUUGACACAGAUGAGCCAGCUUCUUUACGCUACUACAACCAAGUGGUAGAUGAACGGCCCAUAAGGCCACGUUUCCCAGACUCCUCUGCUUCUUCUGCGUCUUCACUGGAUUCAGCACGUACGGAUGUGACGUACACAGGGAUUCAGACCUCAGGGUCUUCUUUGGUCUGGCCACAGGAUCCACAGGGCUCCUCUGAUGGCCACCAACCCCAAGCUGAUCUGUCCAUCAGCUGUGGAGGAGGAGGAGGGGGUUACCAGCCCCAGAUGCAACCUAGAGCCCAGGGUGAAGACAUGGGCCUCGCUUCACCUGAGCCUUCCAUAGAGCCCCAGGCUGCCAGUGCAGGGGGCUACAAACCACAGAGCUCCUGGCAUUUUGACUCCCCUGUGGAGGCCGGGGAAAGUAGCAGCCUUGCGCCCUCCCUUGGGUCCCCCACCUCCAUUGGUUCCACUCAGUUCCUCCUCCCUGAGGGAGAGGAACAUGCAGAAGAGAAACGCCAGCUGUCCUCAUCUGCAGCAACCUGGUUCACAAACCUGCUGUCAUCCUCAAAACCAUGAUAUCAUCUCUCUCUCUCUCUCUCCCCCAGCCAGGCCAGGGGGGCUAACAUAUAACUUUCAGAUUCUUUACUCUUACCUUACCAGUGUCAUGCAUCAGACAAGCCUUGCCCACAGGGUACGUGUAAAUACCCACUCUGAUGUGGCACUACAUUCUUACAGUUGCACUUUCACAGCAGGUUAAUAUGCUAUUUCAGACCUUUGUUCCAACCAUACAGAAACACAUAUGGAGUUAAUUUACUUUUAAACACAGAAAAUAUCAAAAUCUGUAUAUUUUUAUGUCAAAACACUUCUAUUCUGACCACAAGUCUCAUCAAAAGAUUUCUUGAUUUCUGUCGUGUUUGUUGCACCCCCUGGCCACAUGGUGGCAGUUGUGUUCCCUUAACUGCCUUUUCUGUGAAUCCCUCUAAUGGGCAUUUAACAAUGGCAUAUUCUGUAUUUCAGUUGAGUAUGUCCAGUUUUUAGCUUGCAUAUCAGAUGUUUUUAUUUUUUGUGAUGUGAACUAUACUACAUUAGAGAAGAAGACAGAAGGCAAAAUCAUUUCAAACCAAAUCAUAACAUACCAAUAAUAAAAGACAAUUUUAGAAAAACGAUGCAAAAAAAACAAAAACAAAACCGUUUCAGUUCUCAUUAGUUUCCAUGUCUUCUGCUGAUGAGCUACUGAAGGGAAAUGAAAGCAAUGUAUUUGGCUAUGAAAGUCAAUUCCAAGGUAGCUUCCAUCCUUGCAGAUGUGAUCUGUUUUUCACGUAUUGUCUGAACAGUGAGAUUUUGGUUGAUAGAUGCACUUAUAAAGAACAGUCAUUAUUUUACACCAACACAGAAGUGGUGCUUUCUAUUAUGGUCUGGAAUUGUGUGAGAGUCUGAUAUAAGCUAAAGCAUGAGUACAAACUGAUGUAAUUUAAUGAAUGAACACUAUUGUGUUAUUUUUUUAGUGUUUUUGUUGUUAUUUUGUCUUCAUUUAUAAUUUUCUUUCGAUGAUACGUGUUACAGUCAAGCCAGUGUUCUUUUUUUCCCCCCCAUAUAAUGAAAUCUGAUGUGUUGCACAUUAUCCUCAACUGGAUGAUUGGUAUUGAAUUAUGACGGCUAACUCGGAUGGGUAAUUAUCAGAUAAGUUGCCUUGAUAAAUGUAAUGCUUCCAGUAAUUUGCGUCAUAUCAUCUGUCACACACUGCCUUUCUCCUAAAUGUUAUGUAAAAGGAAAAAUAAUAUGUUGCAGAAAUACAGUUCUGAACUGAUCAGAAAUCUACUGGAUGGGUCACAUUGAGUUUUGAGUAUGUAUGUGUAAUGUACAAUGUACAAAAGAUACUCAUUUUGAUCCAUUUUAUUUUAUUAUGUGCUGGAAUUUCUAAACUUUGAUUACGUUCUAAUUUCCAUUGGUGUUACUCUCAGCUCUCGUUUUUUUUUUUUGUGUUUUCAAGACCAGUGAGAUGAUUUGAUGUUGAUUUGCUGUGCUCUGGAGCUUAGAGAUUUAUUUUAAGAGAGAUCAAAAUCUAUAAUACAAGUAUUUUAUUUUAAUUAAAAUAGGACUACUUAUCUUUUAGUUGCAAAUGUUUCCUGAAGUCUCUUAUUAAUUUGUUUUAAUUGGAAAAGGUGAACAAGGGGAAAGCAUAUAUUGGGAGAUUAUGGAGAAUUUCCAGAGAAUACUAUGAGUCAGAUUUUAUUGACAGAAACAUUUGGAAAUUACUUGGUGAAUAUGUGUGACUUGACAGCACUUUGCCAUCUCUAUAAAUGUGUCAAACACAGGCCACUAGUUGCCCAAGUACAGUCGUCAUUCUUCAUUUGCGUCAUUAUGCAAAUUUCCAAAGUAGAAACCAGUGGUAACCAGGAUUUUUUCUUAUUGUAUGCAGUCAGGCCCUGGCUUGCCUGUGUGGCAGCUUGUGGCCCAUUGUUUCUCAGUGCCUCCAGCCAACAAGCUUUAAUUAAAACUACUGUGACAUGAAAGAUGACUUAGAUUAACUAUAUUCAAUGGCUUCACUGAUGAACUGAUAACAGGCAGGCAGCCCUCUUUGAUUACUGAGAAAAGUGUAUCCCUACUUUCUCUUUGUCUUGUAACACUGAUCUUAAUUAGUCAAAUCUGAAAAGCUACACUCUGUACCUGAGUAAAGAAUGAUCCAGCCAGUUGCACUGGGGGAGAUCAGUGAUGAUUUCAAGGCAGAGGUAAAGGAUGGCAAUAGUUUUUUUUUUUUUUUUUUUUUUUUGUAUUACACAUGGAUGCAGAUUGUUUCCUUUGAAGCCUACUUCUUCAAACAAGCAGGGCUUUGGAGCGUAACCUAUGAACGCUAUGUGUUACAUGCUUUUAUGUUGAUUUAGAUCAACAAAAUGGCACGUUUUUAUUUUUCCUCUAAAUCUUUGUUUUUUUUUUUUAUACAAACUGUAGAUAACUUCUUUUUUCUUUUUUUCCCCCUUAAAAUACAAAAUCUUAUAUUGUUUUACUUUGGAAAUAGAAGAUUUCCUAUACUACAACAAGUAGAGUUAUGUUGACUAACCAGCUUUCUCGAGAGAAUAAAAGCAAAUGUCCGUGUUGAUGACACCAGAUAUAUAGAGUCCUAUGAAAUGUAAAGGUAUCACACUGUAUAUUUGUUGUGUGAUUAAACACAUGGAAUGCUUUUUAAAUGUAUUAUAAAUCAUGUAAACUGAAUUAGAAUUGUGACGCUGUCUUCUUAUAACAGUUUAGCCUGCUUUGCAUUCCUGUCUUAUCACAGCAGUGUUGCUUGGCACGACACAUUCUAAGCAGGGCCAGAGUACCCACUGUGCAGAUUUUUACACAGCAACAGAUGACAUGUAAUUUAACAAGAAACCGUUAUUUUUUUUCCGUUGUCCAUGCACAUUUUUAAUUGGGACUAUAUUUAAUUCUGUAGAUUUUGUGGUUUAUACAGCAAUGGACACUUAUUGCCUCUGCACAUCUCUGGUUCUAGCUUUUUUUUUAUUUUUUUUGCAAAAUCGGUGCAUGCUGUAUGAACUAUUACUACAGAAGAAUAGCUCGUAAAUCCUUUAAAUUCCAUGUUUAUGUUACUCUGUGGCUUUGAAAUGCUAACACUGACUAACGUUGUGCGUGACAACAGGACUGAAACAUUGUGCACCUGAAAAAAUCUUUCUUUUGAACAUGCUUUAAAUUUCAUGAUAUUUUGCAGAAUAUUUUGCUAUUUGUGAUGAUGAAUAGAGACAAUGAAAUGCUUCUCAGUGGAUUAAUACAUGUUAACACGAAUAACACGAACUGAAAUGCUACUUGUGUAAAGGCAAUAAAGUUACUGGUAGGCCGCUUGUCAGUUUUAAGUGUCU